AUGGAAAAUAACGCCGCGGUGUUGUACGGACCAAAAGAUUUGAGAAUUGAAAAAUGGCUGAUGCCAGAAAUAAGUGAGAAUGAAGUUUUGAUAAAAAUCGAGUGUGUUGGCAUCUGCGGUUCAGACGUGAAGUUGUAUUAUACUGGCAAAUGUGGCCUGGAAGUCCUUUCUAAGCCCAUUGUCGUAGGACAUGAGGGAGCUGGUGUCGUAGUCGAGGUGGGCUCUAAAGUUACCAACGUCGCGGUUGGAGAUCGCGUAGCGGUAGAACCUACGCAGCCGUGCCGCAGCUGCGAGCUGUGCAAGCAAGGCCGAUACAACCUUUGCACAAAACCAUGCUAUUGCAGUACUACCGACGCUAUGGGAAAUCUUUGUAAUUAUUAUAAACACGUCGCGGAUUUUUGUCACAAGAUCCCAGAUAACGUAACUAUGGAGGAAGCUGCCGCAGUGCAACCACUAGCUAUUGCGAUCCAUGCGUGCGGUCGCGCCAACAUCCGACUCGGCUCCAUCCUGGUCAUACUUGGCGCCGGCCCUAUAGGCGUGCUGUGCGCGAUGACUGCUAAAGCUAUGGGCGCUUCUAAGAUACUCAUGACUGAUGUAGUCGAAUCCCGGCUUCAUAUGGCGAAGCAGCAAGGUGCGGACUACACGCUUCUUGUGACACCAGACAGUAAACUAGAAGACAUUGUAGACAAAAUUACAAAGAUAUUGGGAACUUCUCCAAAUGUCACCAUCGACGCGUGUGGAUCCGAGUCCGCUCAGAGUGUAGCAAUGAUGGUGACUCGUUCUGGGGGCACAGUGCUGGUGGUUGGUAUCGGCGAACCUCUUUCUCGGGUGCCGAUUACUAAUGCACUCUUAAGAGAAGUAGACAUACGUGGUGCAUAUAGACUACUUAAUUCAUACCCGCUGGCGUUGGCGGCGGUAUCAAGUGGAAGCAUUAAUCUUAAGUCAUUCAUAACGCAUCACUUCCCUUUGCAAAAAUCAAAAGAUGCUGUAGAGUUUGCUGCGACUGGUGAAGCUAUGAAAAUUAUAAUACAUCUG